CUCCUUUUCAUUGCACAAACUCAACUAAACAAACUACUCAUCAUCACCAACCACUCCUCUCUCUGUCUCUGCUCCUCCUCUGCUACAACUUUCACUCACCUGCACAACUUCAACUUCAGUAGGUCACCAUCUCUCUCUCUCUCUAACCCUUUCUCUCUCUAAACUCUUAUAUGUCAACCCUAAUCCGCACCAGCUAACCAUGUUUUACUUCUAACCCAAGAAAAGAAAAAACCAUGUCUUCACACAAUUUCUUCAUCAUCUUCUUCCUUGUUCUUGUCUCAGCUCCAGCUUUUUCACUUAACACAGACGGAAUAUUCCUCCUAUCAUUCAAAUACUCAACUCUAAACGACCCCUUAUCAGUUCUUGAAUCUUGGAAUUACGAUGACUUAACCCCAUGUUCUUGGUUUGGUGUCACCUGCACUCAAUUUAGGGUUACAAGUUUAUCUCUACCUUCAAGUCAGCUCCUCGGUUCAAUUCCUCCUGAUUUAGGGUUUCUUGAAAAGCUUCAAACCCUCGAUCUCUCCAAUAAUUUCUUAAACGGGUCAUUACCUAGCUCAGUGUUCAACUCAACUGAGUUACAACUCGUUUCCCUUUCGAAAAACGAGAUUUCCGGCGAGUUACCUGAGUCAAUUGGUUCGAGUUUGAGAAUUCUGAACCUUUCAGACAAUGCAUUGACUGGGAAGAUCCCGAAGAGUUUAACAAAUUUACACAACCUCUCAGUUAUUUCUCUAAGGUCUAAUUAUUUCUCCGGUUCGAUUCCCUCCGGGUUCAACUCGGUUGAGAUUCUAGAUCUGUCGUCUAAUCUUUUAAACGGCUCGUUACCGUUUGAUUUCAACGGUGCAAAUUUAAAGUAUUUAAAUCUCUCAUAUAACAAGCUUUCAGGUUCAAUAUCAGAAGCAUUUUCCAACAAAAUACCUCAAAACGCCACCAUUGAUUUGUCGUUUAAUAACCUAACCGGACCAAUACCCGAGUCGUCGUCUUUGCUUAACCAAAAAACUGAAUUUUUCAAAGGAAAUGUACAACUUUGUGGGAAGCCAUUAAAGAAUCUCUGUGCAAUUCCUUCAACUUUGUCAUCUCCACCGAAUAUUUCAACUACUUCACCGGCUAUAGCGGUUAUACCUCAAACCGGUUCAAAACCGUUAGAAUAUUCCAACUCUUCUUUGCCUGAAAAAGAUUCUCAAACCGGUCUGAAACCGACCACAAUUGUCGCUAUAUCCGUCGCUGAUUUAGCCGGGAUUACAAUUCUUGCCCUAGCCAUACUUUACGUUUACCACUCAAAGAAAAACAAAACUCUAAACCAAACCGGUUCCGAACUCACCAAGAACAAGAAUAUUAUUCUGUCAAAAUCUGACGAUCAGAAUCAAGAACCAAGAAAGCCCAGUGCAUGGCCGUGUCUACCGAUGCAGACGGAGGAAACGUCGGAGGAAUCCGCCACGUCAGAUAGCGACGGCGGAGCUGUCAGAAUUCAGCAAAAAAGUGGCAAGUUGGUGAUGGUUGACGGGGAAACGGAGAUGGAUAUGGAAACGCUGUUAAAAGCUUCAGCUUAUAUAUUGGGAGCGAGUGGUUCGAGCAUUGUUUAUAAGGCGGUUCUCGGUGACGGGACGGCGUUUGCUGUGAGGAGGAUCGGAGAGAGUGGGGUGGGGGUGAAGUUCAAGGAUUUUGAGAACCAGGUGAGGUUAAUUUGGAAGAUGAGGCAUCCGAAUUUGGUGGGGAUUCGUGGGUUUUAUUGGGGAGAAGAUGAGAAGCUUGUGAUUUAUGAUUAUGUCUCUAAUGGCAGUCUUGCUAGCUCCACUUACAGAAAACAGGGUUCAUCACCGUUUCAUCUACCUCUUCAACUCCGGUUCAAGAUUGCAACCGGUCUAGCUCAAGGUCUAGCAUUCAUUCAUGAAAAAAAGAACGUGCAUGGCAGCAUCAAACCAACCAACAUUCUCCUAAACUCCGAUAACGAACCCAUAAUCUCCGAUUUUGGGCUCGACAAGCUUGUCUUAGGCACCAGCAGCCGUAAAACAACCAACUCCGGCCACUCUCACGACACGGCCGGCCCUCAUGCAAGCCCUAGCUCCUCCAUAACCGCUACGUCCCCGUAUCAAGCGCCGGAGUCGUUAAAGAAUCUGAAACCAAACCCUAAAUGGGAUGUUUAUUCAUUUGGUGUAAUCUUGCUUGAGCUUCUUACCGGGAGAGUGUUUUCAGACAGAGAGUUGAGCCAGUUGACUACCUGUUCGGUAAUGGAGGAUAAAAACCGGGUUUUGAGGUUGGCUGAUGUGGCUGUAAGAGGUGACGUGGAGGCUAGAGAGGAUGCUGUGUUGGCAUGCUUUAAAUUGGGGUUUAGUUGUGCUUCGUUUUUGCCACAAAAGAGACCUUCAAUGAAAGAAGCAGUUCAAGUGCUAGAGAAAAUUACUUUGUAAUAAAUAAAUAAAUAAAUGUUUUUAAUGAUUAAUGUGGGUCCUAUAAAAGUGUUAAUUGUUGGAUUAAA